UCAAGGAAAUUCUGAAAAGGCCAGCUCUACCUGGGAGGUACGACGGAGAGGCCAACCAAUGGGAACUUCCCGGGCAUGAUGUGCGACUUGAAUUAUGUUCCUAAGGGGCCAGGAACUCAGAAGGUCUUGCUCCGGGAGUUCUGGCACCAGGUCUUAGCGUGAGACCAGAGGUGGAACAAAAAAGCCCCGCCCAAAAGCUGAAAACUGACCAUGAAGCUCAGGGAAAAGGACCCAGCAGAUAACAUAGAAAGCAACUUGGCGAAAAAGAAAUUGGACUGGUCCUGCUCGCUGGUCGUGGCCUCUCUCGUGGGCGCCUUGGGCUCCUCCUUCCUCUAUGGAUACAACCUCUCCGUGGUGAACGCCCCGACUCCGUACAUCAAGGCCUUUUACAACGUGUCGUGGGAGAGAAGGCACGGACAUCCGAUAGACCCGGACACUCUGACUCUGCUCUGGUCUGUGACCGUGUCCAUAUUCGCCAUCGGUGGACUCGUGGGGACAUUCCUGGUGAAGUUGAUCGGAAAGGUUCUCGGGAGGAAAUACACUUUGCUGGUCAACAAUGGGUUUGCGAUUUCUGCCACGUUGCUGAUGGCCUGUUCUCCCCAGGCAGGAUCCUUUGAAAUGCUCAUCUUGGGCCGCUUCAUCAUGGGUGUGGAUGGAGGCAUCGCCCUCAGCGCACUCCCCAUGUACCUGAACGAGAUCUCGCCCAAGGAGAUCCGAGGCGCUCUGGGGCAGGUGACCGCCAUCUUCAUCUGCAUUGGCGUGUUCACGGGACAGCUGCUGGGCCUUCCUGAGCUGCUGGGAAAGGAGAGCACCUGGCCCUACCUGUUUGGAGUGGUUGCCGUCCCUGCCUUGGUCCAGCUGGUGAGCCUGCCCUUUCUCCCCGAGAGCCCACACUACUUGCUCUUUGAGAAGCACGACCAGGCGGGAGCUGAGAAAGCCUUCCAGACGUUCCUGGGCAAAGAGGACGUCUCCCGAGAGGUGGAGGAGGUCCUGGCAGAGAGCCGCAUGCAGGAGCACGUCCGCUUGGUGUCGGUGCUGGAGCUGUUCACGAGCCCCUUCGUCCGCUGGCAGGCCAUCACUGUGGUCAUCACCAUGGCCUGCUACCAGCUCUGCGGCCUCAAUGCGAUUUGGUUCUACACCAACAGUAUCUUUGGAAAAGCUGGAAUCCCUCCAGAAAAGAUCCCAUACGUCACCUUAAGCACAGGUGGCAUCGAGACCUUGGCUGCCAUCUUCUCUGGCUUGGUCAUCGAGCGCGUGGGACGGAGAGCCCUCCUCAUUGGCGGCUUUGGGCUGAUGACCGUCUUCUUUGGGACCCUCACCGUCACGCUGACACUGCAGGACCACGCGCCCUGGAUCCCUUACCUGAGUAUCGUGUGCAUUCUGGCCAUCAUCGCCGCCUUCUGCAGUGGGCCAGGCGGCAUCCCCUUCAUCCUGACUGGUGAGUUCUUCCAGCAAUCGCAGCAGCCAGCUGCCUACACCGUGGCGGGCACCGUCAACUGGCUCUCCAACUUUGCCGUCGGGCUCCUCUUCCCAUUCAUUCAGAAAAGUCUGGACACCUACUGUUUCCUGGUCUUUGCUGCAGUCUGCCUCGCAGGUGCUCUCUAUUUGUAUUUUGUCCUGCCCGAGACCAAAAACAGAACCCAUGCAGAAAUCAGCGAGGCAUUUGCCAAAAGGAACAAGAACAAGGAGAAAGUUGACUCAGCUGUAACUGAUGAUAAAACGAACAGAAGGCCUGAACCAGACUCCUCCUGCACACUGGAGAACUGUGUUAAAAACAGGAUUGUCUGAAUGGGUAACCUCACCAUUUUAGGAUAUGGAGGAGUCCCCUGCGAAUUUAACAUUAUUAAGUAUUUAAAAAUAAACCUUUGCUAAUCUAACAUCGCAACCAUUUGGGGUUUAUUCACAGUUGAAUCCCCAAACCCUUCUGGCAGCUGGAAAGAAUCAUCCUAUGUUUCAGUGGGCCCAGGAUUCUUCUGUGGAUCUCCACGGCCUGCCUUCUUCAUGACUUAGCCCGCGGUUUCAAAAUGAAAUUGGGAAAAAAAAAAAAAAUGAAAUUGGGGAAAUAGCAUUUGAAUGCCUUCUCAAAGGACAACAAUCUACUCUUGACAGAGGACUCAAUGGGCUGGAAAUCCAGAUGGAGUUUCCAGUCCUAGCUCUGCCAGAAAUAGCCUUGAGCUGCCCUCGACCUGGAUCCUGAAGUGUCCAAGGACCCUUGGCUUUGAUCCUGGAUGAAGGUUUUCAUAUCUCCUAGUAAAUGCCUGUUUCCAAUCUUUGGCUCUGCUUUGUGGAUCUCAGACUCAGGAGAGGCUGGUACCAACCCACCAUCCUCCAGGUUCUGUCUCUCUCAGGCUGUCUCAUGGGGCUCCAGAAACAUCUUCACCUCCGAGUAUCGGAUGUGCUCACGGAGGGCAUAAAGGGGAUCGAUGUGUAGAAGACCUAGAGAGGCAGAUGUAAGAAGUAACUCCCCAGAUGCUGAGGCAGGGACUGCAAACUGAACUCUGUUCAAUUGAAAAAAAACAAUGUUAAGAAUGAUUCUGAAGUUAAACCCAGGCUUGGAGGAAAAGAACAUUGUGAUUGAUUAGUGAUGCCUGCCACAGUUGUAGGAGUGAGAGAAUCACAUA